AUGAUUCAAGUAUUGAGCAAACAAUUUCCAAGACAUUUUAAAAAACACAGAAAUGUUAAUACAUGGUCAUCUCUAGCAACAACAUUCAAUACAGUUAUCAAAGAAAAAUAUGGAUUUGAGUUUUCAAAAAAGGAAACUGGGUUAUUUGGUAUACCUGAAUUAAAAACUCCAGAGGGAUUUAAUAUUUUAAAAGAUCAAGCAAUAUCCCAAACAGAUGCAUUGAUAACAGAAUCUAUUAGUGAAAAUAGAAAAAGGAAAAUGGUAGAAAUUUUUGAUGAUAUGUCUGAUGCAUUAUGCAAAGUUGCAGACUUAGCAGAAUUUAUUAGGAUUGCACAUCCAGAAAGACAAUUUGUUAAAGCUGCAGAGGAUAGUUGUCUAUUUGUCAGCAGCAUAGUAGAAAAGUUGAAUACUCACCGUGAACUAUAUAAUACAUUAAGACAUGCAGUAUAUAAUGGAGACAUUUUGGAAACAUCUGUUAUGGACAAUCAUGUUGCAACAUUGUUCUUGUCUGAUUUUGAGCAAUCUGCUAUUCACUUACCAGAGUCUAUAAGGGAAGAUGUUGUGCAGUUGAAUUAUUACAUAUUACAAGUAGGUCAAAAAUUCAUGGCAGGUGCUGGUAAUACAAAAGCAAUAGAUGCUAAUAUUGUUCCACAUAAUGUAAGGCAAUAUUUUACAGUAAAAGAUAAUAAGGUAUAUGUACAAGGACUUUAUGUAGACUCUUCUGACUGUCUAGUUAGAGAAACAGCAUAUCGUGUAUUUUUAUAUCCUGAUCAAGAACAAGAAUAUCUAUUACAAGAACUUCUAAACUCUAGACAUACUUUAGCCGAAUUAUGUGGAUUUCCAUCUUAUGUUCAUCGAGCCGUCAAGGGAAGUACCGUAGAAACACCCGAAGUAAUACACGAAUUUCUGAAUAUUUUAAAUAAAAAUUUGAAACCUAAAGCAAAGCAAGAUUUUGAGGAAAUGCAAAAGAUGAAAGAUGCAGAAUCACCCAUAAAACAGAAAAUAAUGCCAUGGGAUACAGCUUAUUUCACAGCAAAAGCAAAGAAAAAUUGGUUAAAUAUGUCUAUUAGUGAAUUUGCACCAUAUUUUUCACUUGGUGCUUGUAUGGAUGGUAUUAAUAUAUUAAUACAAGCAUUAUACGGUAUCCGAUUGGAGUAUGUACCGGUUUUGUCGGGUGAAGUUUGGGCAAAUAAUGUACAUAAAAUCGCAGUCAUAGACGAAAACGAAGCUAUUUUGGGUUAUAUAUACUGUGAUUUCUUCGAAAGAGAAGGAAAACCUAAUCAAGACUGUCAUUUUACAAUUAGAGGUGGAAGGCAAUUAUCAGACGGAUCAUAUCAAAAUCCUAUAGUAGUAUUGAUGCUAUCAUUACCACUUCCAACAUGGUCCAAACCAUGUCUACUUAAUCCUGCUUCUGUAGAAAAUUUAUUUCAUGAAAUGGGUCAUGCAUUGCAUUCUAUGUUAGGUAGAACAAAGUACCAACAUGUAACUGGAACCAGAUGCAGUACAGAUUUUGCAGAGGUUCCAAGUGUACUAAUGGAAUAUUUUGCAAGUGAUCCAAGAGUUGUAUUCACAUUUGCAAAACACUUCCAAACUUUGGAAAAAAUACCAACAACACUGUUAGAAAAAUUAUAUGCCUCAAAGAAUAUAUUUUGUGCUUCUGAGUUACAAAAUCAAAUAUGCUACAGCAUGCUAGAUCAAGUUUAUCAUAGUGGAAAAUUAGAAAAACCAUCAACUGAAAUAUUAAAAGAAAUACAAGGAAAAUAUUAUGAACUUCCCUAUAUUGAAAACACAGCCUGGCAAUUAAGAUUUUCGCAUUUAGUUGGGUAUGGUGCGAAGUAUUAUUCAUAUUUAAUAUCUCGAGCAAUUGCUUCUUGGAUAUGGCAGACGUACUUUAAAGCAGAUCCUUUCAAUCGAACAGCAGGAAAUCGAUACAGAAACGAAUGCUUAGCACACGGAGGUGGAAAGCCUCCUUCUAAAUUAGUAUCUGACUUUUUGGAUAAGGAAGCCAAUGCUAGCAACUUCGCGAAAUCUUUACUUUAUGAGAUAGAUACGAAGAUGGAACAUGUACAAAAAUUAAGAGAAUAA